UUAAUGGAGUCCCUCUUCUUCUUAUUCUAUGGUAACCUCUAAUUUGUACUACUGGUAAAUUGGUAUGUGAAAAAUGAGAAUUGAGUAAUAAUCAACAAAUUAAUGUAAAAUGUCUAUCACUACUGCGCCAAAAAUAAUUCAAGUGCCCAAAAGUUCUAUAAAAUGCAUUCAUGUCUUGUCUUUUUGGAACGAGUACUUCCCAAAUGACCCAGAAACGUACAAUUUAAGGAUUACGGCUACCGGUUUGAUUCUGUCGUUUUUAGCGGUGCAUGUUGUUUCCGAGAAACUCAGUGAUUCUCGUUUUUUCGAUGCAACUGGAAUUUUCUUAAUGUGUGGUUACAUCGUGAUGGUAGCAUGGGUUAGCAAUGAAUUGUAUAAUGGUUUAAAAAUUGCCGAUCCGAAGCGGUACACCACGUGGAUUAUAGUAAAGGUGUUUGAAAUUUUUUUGAUAGUAGCUUCAUGUGUCUAUGGUAUUUUUGAUGGUAUUUUGCCGAUAAUGCUCGUCUACAGUGUUGUUGUCCUGAUGUUUGAUAGUUUUUCUACUUUUAUCGUCAUCAAAUUAUGGCAAAAGCAAUUGCAUCAACAUGGAACUUGUCUUAAUAUUAAAAGAAACAAGACACAGAGCAUAUCCUUGAGGGUAUAGUAGUUGAGUGUACCUAUAUACUCCAGAUUAACUAAAUGUACGAAGUGGAAAUUCUAAAAAUUAUUGUUUAUAAUUAUGUUUGUACUAAUGAUUCUUAUGUUAUAAUCUAUGGUUAUUGUCAACCUAACUAAAUAAAAACCUUUUUGACACCUU